AUGGAACAAGUCAGGUGGAUUCAAAGGGUGAAGGCUCAGACUGAUUGGGAUGGUUUACUUCACAAUGGUGCUGAUUUGUUAAUUAAAGAAAAAGCUUUUAAGGGUCUAAUGCAGAAACCAUUGGGAUCUUCUUUAAGACUUUGUGAUUUUGUGCCCCUUCAGCAAUCUUCCUGUAAUAAUGAUCAGAACAUACACAUGGUUGAUUCAGACAGUCUUGCUAAUGGUUCUUUCUUGACUAGCAAUCCAAAUGAGAAAAUGGACAAUCAUCUUGUUUUUAUCACACACCGUGGUAUUCGGAGGCGCUGUCUUGACUUUGAGAUGGUCGGUGUACGAAAGAACUCCGAUGAUAAUUCUAACACUGGAUCUAGUACAGUGCAAUCUGAAGCAAGGAAUGUUUCCGACGAUAAACAACUGCUCCCUGCAAAACGCAAUGCAAAUUCACAAAAGGGCAUUUUGCCGGGUAUCGGUUUACACUUGAAUGCACUAGCUCCCUUAAAGGAUGACACAGGAAUAAAAAAAUAG